CUCGACACAUACUGUCUCCUCGGACGCAUCUCUCUCCCCACCCAGCCUCACAAGCUCCUUCCUGCUAAAUAUCAGCCCCGCCCCCCGUGACCCCACCCGCUGGUUAGGGACAGCCCGGGCUGGGUGCAGCCGGACAGACUGUGCAGGGGGCACCCAAGAAGGUCCGGUAGCCAAGACUCUGCCCGGUGGCCCGGUUCGGCGGGAGAUGUGGGCCUGUAGCGUGGGGAGCUGCCUGCUGGCCGUGAGCAGCCUGGUGCUGCUCUGCAUGGCUCUCGUCACCGACUACUGGCUCUUGGCCAUCGGCGCCAACACCACGGCCCACAGCGGGCUCUGGCAGGUGUGCUUGCCCGUUGGGUGCCAGAGCCCAGCCCACGUCACCGGGUAUAUACAAGCCACACGGGCCUUCCUGAUCCUGGCCGUGCUGGCCACCGCCGCGUCCGUCCUGUCCCUCCUGUUCUCCGUGACGUCCUGUGUCCGCAUCCCUGUGAGCACCGACCUCCUGGCCUCCAUCGCAGCCUUCACCGCCGGCAGCUGCACCCUCGUUGCCAUGGGCGUGUACACCGGCGAAUCCUGGCACAAGAACCAGGACGGGCAGAUCCAACUGACCUUCGAAUGGUCCUUCUACCUGGGCUGGGCCGCCCUGCUGCUGCUGGCCCUGAGCGGUACCUUCGCCCUUGUGGCCCACCAGCGCCAGGUGGGAUACGAGAGGCAGUGACCAGAGCCCCGGAGAGAUGGGGGACUGGAUGGACCCCACUGCUGGAGCGGAGCCAGCGCCCCCUAGAGGGGAAAGGCCUCAUGCCCCAUUCCCUGCCACAGCCGGUCCCCGCCCUCUGCCGUGGGGCUGGAGGACAGCCGGCAUCCCCAGAUGCUCUAGUCGGUGGUUUUAGGGUCUGUUCAUCUUUGGGCCUUUUCCUGCUUUGAAAUAAAUUGUCCCUUUGCAUCC